UUUUGUUACUAAUAAUCAUUAGAUCAACAAAAUGUUUAUUUCUAUAAAUAUAAUUAUAACAUUUUGUGUAUUUUAUUGCAAUACUUUACAAUUAAAUUAUGAAUCAACAGUAAACUAUAUUCAAUUAACACCUUGUCAAUCUUCAUUUAAAAUAGGAAUUGGCAAGUACAAUUUUGAUUAUGAUGCAUUAAUCACAGAAAACUACUAUAGAGAAUGUACAUUUUUAAUAGAAAGUCCAGCUAAGUCACAAAUGCAUAUGAAUGCUACAAUAUCAAUUCCAAAUUUGGAUUCUUCAAAUUUUUGUACAUAUUCAGUAAAAAUGUUUGAUGUUCAGAGCAUUUCAUCUCCAACUCUUCUUGGAGAAUAUUGUGAGUCAACAAAUAUAACAGAUCUUACUACUUAUUCAAAUAUUAUAUACAUUCUAAUUAAAAUCUCAUCCAAGGGCUUAUUUCAAUUAGACAUAGAUACUGCAUAA